GCACAAACUCUUCCGUCAAUGAGCACCGUAGCCUGGGUCGAGGCAAUCUUCAUCGUUGUCGGCGCGCUGCUUUGUUUCCGCGUUUUCGACGACCACCCCCGUGCCGACGACGAGACGUACGGGACCCACCCGCACACGCAGUACGCCCCAAGGUAUAUUUCGAAAAAGGCUCAGAGCAUGGACGUCCCCCUCUGCCUCGCCCCUACCGACUGCUGCCCCACCGACUGCUUCUCGACCGACUGCCUUCCUCCCGACUUCUUCAGCACGGCCUUCUCCACGCGCACGUCGAGCGCGACAACCUCUGCUGGUAGCGGCAUCAUCGCUCAGCUUUCUGCUCGCCCUGCCCAAACCUUCACCUGCCCAGUGUGCUUCCAGACCUCCCUACCGCACGUUUCUCCCUAUCUGUGGGAACUGUUCUUUGGUCUCGGCAGACGCGCUUCGCUGUACUUGACGUGCGGAGCCAUACGUCGACGCGCUACUGCUACGAUCCAGAAAAAGGAGGACGGAGCUUCUGGGGCGGCAGCAGUGGAUGUUGAGGAAUCACUUGCAGUGGGAUUAGCUGAGCGAGAAGGCGAGUAAGCCGCGGGCAAGCCGAGAAAAGAAGAUAAGACGCCG